GUGGUAUAGACCAAACGCGCCAACUAUGAAAUCUAGAGGGUGGGAGGGCAGCUUUGGUAGGACGUAAACGUUUUGUCCUGUUUACCUCUACUAAAAUUAGAUUCUUUUGAAGCAUUUGUAAUUUUCAAUUGUCUGAGAUGUAACAAGUCACAAGAUUACUAGGACCAUGAGUGGCAGACAGUUCCUGGAUACCCUGAAGCAGAUUGGCUAUCCAAAGUCACAUGACUACCAGCCGGAUGAUUUUGAUUGGCUGUUUGAGAGUGAGGCUGCGGCUCCAUUUUUGAGGUGGUUCUGUGACCAUGUCGGACCUGACAAUGUACUCACUGAGGAGGAACUGCAGAAAUUUGAGGAACUGCAGUCGUCAGGUGCGCCCAUCCUGGAGGGACGUCAGCUGGACAAGGCUCUACAGAGCAUGCCCAGGGAGGAGAAAACACUGUCCGGGGAACAACUCAGAGAGGAAGUGUCUCGUCUGGAAGAGGAGCUGAAAACUUGUGAGGCUCGCAAGAAGAUCCUACUGCACCACAGGAACAAACUUAGCCUGCAUCAGACAGCUACAAACCACCGGCUGUCUAAACUGGAUGCCGUACAAGAAGCUGCUAAACAGGAGCACAGGGCACAGGUGGACAAGUGUCGGGAGGAUGACUCUAAGAUGAACACAGACUUGCAAGAGCUGACCCAAACUGUGAGUAAGCUGACGUCCCUGUAUACAACAAGUGCAGCUGACGGCUGCAGUACCACAGCCAGUCAACAGGGGGCAGUGUUCCUGUCACAGCUUCCACUGAAGGACCACUUUGUCAAGGAGGAUGCCUUCAUGCAGCAGCUGACUGACUACACCAAAAGGCAGUUCUUUGAUGGUAUAGCAGACUUGGCGGGGCAUGCGGAAGGUUCUCGGUACCAGUUCCUGGACGUGAGGGAUCCGUCCAGUCUACUGGUGAUGGGAGAAACUGACCAGGUCAUCAGGAAGAACUGUCACGAACUCGCCAGGCUUCAGAACAUUUUCCCACUGAGCCAGAGACAGUACAUCCAGGCUAAGGUCCAGGAGAGCAGAACCCUCGCCGCGCGACAAGCCAUGGAGCGGAAGUUACAACAGUUACACAGCAAGCCUUAUCCUGAGGACACUGCAAAACUCAGUAAACAGCUGCAGGAGACCCAGGCCGUGCUGACUGCGGUACAGCGGCAAACGGCUGUCCUGUCGGAGGUGGAGGUCCCGCGACUGAUCCAGGCUAACGCUGAGCUGCAGGCCACACGGAUCCUGCAGGGAGACUACAACCUCAAGAUCGCUCGACAGGACUACUUCAUCUCCAAACAGGAGGAGGUGAUUGCUCAGCUGUUAAAGCAGCGAGCCAGGAAUGAGUUUCUCCUGACGGCGCUGGAGGUGGAGGGCCGCGCUCACCGCGAGACACGGCGGCUGCUCAUGGCGCUACGCAAGGACCUGGACAAGGCUGUCACCAUGACGCAAGACAGACUGGCUAUCUUACAAGAUCCGGUGUACAAGACUUCACGCACAGCCAGGGCAACUAUCGACUCACGGGACAACUUCACCAUCAGACUCCACAACAUCAUAGUUGGAUCUCCCAGUGAGGACCAUGAUAGGAAACAGCCGUUGUUUCGUACCUACUCCAGUCUGGAGGAAGGUGCCUGUAGUCUGAACCUGGACCUACAGACUCUGCAGGCUAGCCUGGCUGACUCCAGUACAGGCAAGGAGGACAAGCUCAAACACCUAGAGACCAGUGUACAGGACCUGGGGACUGCCGUGUAUGACAGGGCCACCCCCGGCAGCGGACCUACCACCCUCGGGCCAAAGGCUAUUUUGGACUCCAUGUUGAAGUUGGAUUUGACCUUGAAAGACCUUGAAGCCAGCCUGAUGGAGACCUUGAAGGACAUGAACAAGAAGAAAAGGGACCUGCAGAAUGACCCCAAUCUUGUGAAGGAGCGCCACCUGUUUGUAGACUUCUUCACUGCACCUGACCGCCUGAAGGAGACCAUAGAGGAUCUGAAUGCCAGGGUGCAGGCUGCCCAAAUAUCCUGAAAAAAACUUUCUUGCCCACAGUUUAUAUUGUAUAUAUCCUGUCUGAGUGAUAGAAUCUCUUAA